AUUUUUCUUUGUAAUUCACUGCCUUCGUUAGAUAAAUUUUUGUGUCAAUAUUUUUAAAACAAAUUGUUUCUAGUAUUCUACACUAACAGAUGCUCAACUUAGAGGAACCCACAAUACCAGUCAUCGGCUCACUCAUCAGUUCUGGAAUUCGAGUCUUGAUUUACAGUGGAGAUCAAGACUCUGGUAUCCCAUUAACCGGGACAUGUACACUGCUCCAUGGAUUGGCAAAUACAUUGGGACUGCACACAACUACGACUUACAGAGCUUGGUUUGAGGGGAAACAGGUUGGUGGAUGGAUACAAGUGUAUGGAAAUAUCCUCUCCUUUGCUACCAUUAGAGGAGCAUCUCGUAAGGCUCCAUUCUCACAGCCAGAGAGAUGCUUGUGUUGUUCAAUGCAUUUCUGGAAGGAAAGCCACUACCAGAAGAAUUCCGAGCUAUUGAAUAAAUUCAUUUUGUGCUGUAUUCUAUAA